UCCUUUUCCUUUUUUCAGUCCGUGUAUUACUACAAGAUAUUUUCAAAGUAUGAUAUUUUAAACGAACGAUUUAAACUCCUGAUGCUUACUUUUGAUGAGAAGGAAAUGAAAUACAUCACUCAUAUCGCUGCGAAAAGGGCAUUACACUGUGGAGGCUUAUGGUUGCAAGUAUUGUCCCUCUUGCACACACGAGUGCUGAAACAAAUAGAUCUGCAUGACCUGUAUUUAGAUGUUUCAUCAAAUGAUGGAUCUGACAGCACUGGAACUAUUCACAUAUCAGAGAUAUUUCAGUCCUCUCUAAAGUCAGAAGAUAUGAGGCCAGAUAUGGUAACAAUGGAUAGGGAGAAACUGGUAAUGGUGACAUUCUGGCUGAAUCAGUUAGAGGGAACUGUUCCAUCAGAUUAUGUUGACUGCAUUCUCAGUUUCCUCAAUUCUGUCCUCAUUUGGUAUGAGCGGGAGGACAAAACUGACUUAUUAUUUGACUGGUAAGUGACAUGCAGUUGA